AUGAAUGUACAAGCAAAGCCAAAUCGGGAUCUUCUAGACCCAAACUUUGAGUCAUAUAAGCUUUCUUUGAGGCGCACUGCAGUACUUUCCGCCUCUGAACCUAAUGGUAUCUUUGGUUUUCAUUAAUAUAAUCUGUCAACAGGAAUUGAUUUGAAAACUUUGGGUCAAGACACUUUCUCAAAACUGGAAAUCCGUCUCUACUUUCUUCACAAUGCACUUAUUCAAGACCGUUUUUCACCCGAUACUUUCUAUUAUUUUUCAGCGGAUGGACAGGUAGCACAUUCCCCAGAUCGUUCAGUUCGUCUUUUAUCCUAGAUCAAGGGUGUCGCCGUGAGACCACGAAAAGAACUCUUUUGCUCUGGGUCGACUGUAUGGAAAGUACCAUCUUGGACGGAAUCUCUUGACAGCGGCUCUAAAUGCAAUGCUUCAAUGAAACUGUUGUCCGAUUACGCCAUUGUAUGCGAUGGUGCUCGUAAUCUCUAUAUACUGGACACGCCCAAUCGGAUUUCAAAGAGCUUCAGCGCCUGGAAAGUAGGUUUAUUUCUGUCGCGUCCUUAUCCUUGCUCGGAAAAUAUUUGUGAUGCGCAGGCAGCAGCUUUUUUGGCAACGAUAGGAGCAAGCUUCGGAUGGGAGCUGACAGGGCUAUCUGGGCGGAUGUUGACUACCACCGCUAUUACGAGUAUACAUUGGCGCAGCAUUGGUCGGCCUGUCCGUCUUCUGUACGCCUCUUGGAAAGCUUGUAGAUAUUAACGCUAAAACGGAUACUAGAGUGGGUUUCCUUGCGGCGCACAUGGAACUGGAAAGCUGAUUGAUGCUGCUGCGUCAGUGAAUACACUUGCUUUCGGGGACAGUCGCCAUACGCCCGGAGAGUCCUCCUGAUUUUCAGGAGUUUUACGUGUUCCCCUUUGUGAGUGUAGAUAAACUGUAGCGUUUAUGUCUGCUUCUACAUGAAGUUUUCUACUUGUUUGAUAGUCGUAUGUUCAUUUUCCGUCAUUUAUAGGUUGUUUUGGAAUUCGAGCUUCCUACAGUGGCUCCAUCGGCUUACUUAGUGGAUGCUGUUCGGUCGCCCUCUUCAGCAGAAAUUCACUGUCUAUUGAUAUCAGUUGUCGCAGCCGUUGGGUCGUCUAAGUCUAAGGUUCAUCUUGACUGGCUGACUUUUGGAAGUAAGCUUCCUUUCUUUUUUCACUCUGUUCUACAAACGCCGAAAGGUUUGCUUGAAGCAUUUCCCACUUUCAAGUGGUAGUUCUAAUUUAAGAAAAAACCGUUCUGCAUUCAGACCUUUCUGGUUUGUGAAAUGGUUCGUAAACUGAUCUUGCCACUAUGUGUAAUGCGUGACCACAUAAGAUCGGAUUUUUUUGCAGAUUUGCAAAUUUGCUUUAUAUUUAACCGGCCGUCAGCCGAGUUCCAGAGGAGGACGUGAAACUCUAGAAUGUAAACUUGCUCACUGUUCAGGCAAUGACUGAUAAAGAACUGUCGACCACAGAGCAUCAAGGAAGCAAAUAGGGCUUCACUUGCGCAUGUAGUUGAGUGCUGUUUUGCGAUUGAUUAGGUAUUUUUCGUGCGUUUACGUCCGCUGUUGUAUGUCGGACAAGGCGAUCUCGCUGAAAAGUUCGUCAGUCGUUCAUUCCGCUGUUGUAUUUUGUGUAUAAGUCCGGCUGGGUAUUGAACGUUUGGGUUUCUUUACUUUCCAAAGCUUUGGGAAGAUAUACUUCAGAAAACCAUCACUCAUCCGUCGUUACAUUCUCAAUAACACUCACAACUCGCCACAGACAUAAAGCAGAGCGUGGCCAACACCAGGAGGCAAGUAUUACCUAAGGAUUUCAGUGGCUUCCGGAUAGCUCGUCGACACUGACUACAUUUCCAGUUUGCUAGGAAUUCUCAGGCGGACUGCUUCAUUUAAAGAGGGGGGCCGUUCUAUCACCUGCCAUCUUUUGACACACCGAAUAGCCCGCCGCUGGGCUAUCAAUCAGACUCAGCCCUCUCUGGCUUCCGGUCGCUCGGGUGUAGAAGCUUUCUUUGAUAACAGUCUUUCGAUUGCUCUUGUAUAGGAUGAAAAUAUCGACAACCGCAAUUAUCCACUACUGCGGUCAGCGGAUUGCCAUUUCCGAACAAGUUGAUGCAAGUCACCUUGCAAUCCAACAUAGUUGCUGGCUACUGAAUGUAGACUAAGAGGAAAUAAUGGUAGGGGAUUUGGGUGACAAGUGCGACAGAUGCUUUCCGGCAGAACGCUUCUGAGAGCGGUUACUAAUCCCGACACGGCCUCAUCCGCUGAUUCACUUGGUAUGUAGUGUGAUCCAUCGCAGUUCAGGCCGCAUUUGAACCGCUGCCUCGCGUCUGAUAGUCUGCGUCUUUGACCUCUGUCUUCAUCUCUCUUUUUCCUCACGCCCGCCGCAGUCUUUUGUGUGUCCAGGCGCACCCUUGGCGCCAUUUUCAUUUUUUUCAGUUUUCAGAACCACUAGCCAGCUUCAAGAUGUGUGACCUUUAGCCUGUCGAUUCUGUGGUUUUCUAUUAAUUUCGUCGUUUAGUUUCUUCCGAAACCUGGGGCCUUGUACGCCACCGGCGUUUCUCAAGCCUCUCCUUUCCUGAUUACGCGGUUCUCGAACAGACGUCUUCGUUGCUCACAAUCUGCACAAGUGACCCCUUUUCUGCAGUCCUCGACUCUGCUAAUCCUGAAAUCAAGCCCGCCGGUGCGCACUUUCAUUGUCUUGACUUUUUAACUCCAUCAGAAUUGUCAUAUUUGCUUGUGCAUAUUCCAGUAAAUAUCCGUGAACGUUUCCUCUUUCAGCCAAGUCAACUCGUCAGUGUUCUUAGAGUUUUGAAUACCUCCGGUUUGCUGGCCUAAUUGGGAUCGAACUUUUUGGAUUUACUUUGCCCAGAGUUUUCAAGGCACUACGGGCGCCUGUAUUCUUUGCUGUCGACGACUGUGUGCUUACGCGUGGCACGCACGACCUGGCUGUGCUCGAAUCAGGCCUCCAAAGGCGAGGAAGGUCUCGAAUCUUAUAAAUGGGAGUGUUAUAAAGACCGCAUUAAGAAAAGGCCACCAUAGUCUGAACCUCUGUAAUGAGUAUAAGCCAAUUAUCUCGUUAGCUGGCGGCCUUCCAAGCCAAGCUGUUAGGUGUCUCAUGAUGGUUUCGAAGCGCGUUCGCCUGUUUGUAGUGCAAAAGCUAAACGGCGAAUACUAGUUUGAGGGAAUUAUUCCCUCCCCCCCAACACCAGUGGCAAGCCCAUCGACACGGUGCGGAGCCUCCGCCUAACGCGUGCGACGUGCUAGGAUGUUUGGCACCUAGGGGAUUUGCUGUUCUAUUCACAACCCAACCCACAAAUUCUAGCUAACGAUGCUGAUCUCUUUAAACUCUGCAUAGCAUGAAAGCUGUCAUCAUGACAUCGAUUCGACCCAAAGCCUUUGGAGUGGCAUGCUCUUUAUGUUAUACAUUUGCCUUAUAGCAGACAGUCAGAGUUCUCACUUUACGAAUUGUCUAUUUCUACUCAGACAUUGAUGUCUUCCAAUCAAACGUGUUCCUCACCUGCUCCCAUAUAUUUAAGUAAAUUGGCCGUGCAGUAGUGACCUAAUUCUCAAAAUAUGUCUAGAUUAACGAAAAAACGCCAACCAAUCUGAAACCAGUCCGAACGCACACACAAAACACUAAACUAAUAAGUAAGGACUUCCAUUUAAAUGUAAACACAAAAUAACUACCUCCAAUCCUAUUUCGUCGGUUAGAAGUGGUGAUUUUAUUAAAAAAAAACGGCAAUGCAAAAAUGCGGAAAUUUGUUCUAAAUAUAAAAGCUAAAUUUCCAGAAACGUAUAACGACUGUCUAUGCAAAUAACUACGUACGAAAACUGGGAAAAGCACAUUAACGCCUAAAAAACUGUUCCUUACAUACAUUUGCAGCAAAUGUCUUCCGAGAAGUAGUGUUGUGUGAAGUCUGACGCAAAGUCAUGUGUGCAAUGUCCGGCCAUGUGUUUCAAGACUUUUGCGCGAAAUCGAGGUAAUUUUUCCGUUCUUCUAUUGUUGUAGAUGCGGUUGAUUAAAGCCAAGAGGAUUUCGCUUGAUUUUGCCGGUAGAGAUGUCACGGGAGUGCAAGUUUUUAUGAUGUCACAUGUUAAUAGAUCGGUCAUUGACAAACAAUUUUAAACAGAAUUUGCAGAUGCAGUCGUAAGCACACCGUUUUCUGUUUAUCAAGAGUACUUUUCUUCUGUUAAAUUAACACGUAAUUUUUGGAGAUGGUGGAGUCCGCCGAGUUCCAGAGUGUCCUUGAAGUACCAGUGAGUACUGCUCGAAAUGAUACUUUUGUGUCUUUUGUGUUAUGUGUUUAUGAAUACCUUUUGGAAAGCAUUUACGGACGUAGUAAGUACUUGAGCUUUCCUUUUUAUGCAGAUGACUGGGUCACAUUUGAAGGACUGCCCGAACACGAAACCGCAUUGUCGAAAAAAAUUAACGUUUACAAUGACGUUUAGCGGUGAAUAUGCCCUUGAUCAGUAGAAGAAUCUUCUUUAGUAAAUCACCUCUUAAAAAGCGCUUUAAUACGACAUUCCAUUGACAGAUAUACACACGCUUUUUAAGAUGAAGUCGAAAAAUGUGGACUUUUAACCAACUUGUUCACGCCCCCGAAAAAUGCUAAAUUUUUUGCCGCUGACGAAGGGCGGACGACAACUGAUGGGUAUUUUUGAUCCCAUUUCGCUGAGGCCCCAUCUGUUUUUUCGUCCUCUUGCUUAACUGCGCGGCAUGAAGAACAGGUUUCUCAAAAAUCGAGGGUCGUAGUAAAAGCCUUGGAGUGAAUUGAUUUCCGAGCAGCCUCAUCAUAGACGUCCGCGCAUUGAUGCGCUCCUUCGCUUAGACUAUUGUCUUGUUUGACACUGACAUUCAACAACAACAACGCGAAGCAAUUGUUUAAGAAAUUCUAGUAUCCUUAUUCAGUACUCUCAGGUUACUUUCCACAACUGCUCACUUUUUGCUUUGAAUGAUCUUUUCCCGCAGAGCCCUCCAACCCUUCACCGCAACCACCUCCAGAAGAUGGUUGCAUCACCUCCCCUCUUCGUUUUACUUGGUCUCAGUGCCAACCCGAUGCUUCCGAAGACGAUAGUCGCCUGGUGAACAUCUUGAUCCAUCUUGGUAGCCUAAAACCACCAGUUGUUUCGAAGGAAGCUUUCAGUAUCUCUUACGUAUCCUCUACACCAGCUGGCUACAGCGGAUCUUCCAUUCCGCGCAUAAUUAUUCAAAUGCCUACUGAGGACCCCGAAAAGCCGCCUGUAACACUUUGCGACGCCCAUUUGUUCGCUCCUAUUAACUGCGACGAAACUAUGUGGACGUACGACAAGGAAACCAACUGGUACGUAUUAAAAAGUCAAAUUGGUUAGCAUAUGUCUUCAAUAAUUUGACUUUUGAAACGUGACGUGGGAAUAUUCCCAAAAGUUAGACUGCACAGAGGCCUAUAUUAGUUUCGUCCAUUUGGAAAUUUCAUCCGAGUAACACUACCUACCAGAAGUUUUAAGUAGGUGUUAUUGUUUUGCUCUUGUUUUUUUCCGAAUUAGGUACAUUGUGCACCGAAACACAUGAAGCAUUGAUGAAGAUAUUUUGACACAAUUUCAGUCUGGAAGGAUGACUUAAGUUAAGUCAUGCACAGUUGUAUGAUGGUUUUUGACUGAUCAUCCUUUCAACCACCCGUGUAGUUGACAAGACUGGUCUCUCGGCUUUGCCAGUGAUUCUGAUGUGCUCCAUCCAGCUGCUAUUUUGGAUUUCACUGUAACUUUCUCCACAACUUUCUACUCGAAUCCCAUAAGAUUUUGCAUGCAGACUGUGCAGUAGUUGAAUGUGACAAGGCCCUUCCCUUGGCACUGAACACAAGAUUUUGCAGACUGUCAUUUUCGUUAUGCUGAAAUCUCGUGGGUCCCCCCUGGUCGAAAUUUACGGCUCCUUGAAAAUUAUGCAUCGGGAAGGAUUUACGAACAGUCAAUUUUCCCAGAGUUAUCUUUUGCGAACACGACAGCGUACCCAGCGACGCCGGCACGCCUGAAUUCGUGGCCGAACUAACGAGCAUUCGCUUAGAUUCAGAAAAAGAGGAGAGCUAGGACAUGCGAAAAACUGUCCACCUAUAGUCCCCAAGGGACAGGUGCAAAGCAAAAUGCGGUAAUCUUUUCCACUGAAAAACACAUUUAAAGAUUUCUGUCGAUGUUUCCUAUGUUUCAGCAGGUCAGUCCUCCAGCUCAAAUUUAUCCCCACACUGCGGCUGCCUAUCUGAACGAUCCAGUUCAGACGGUUUUUGUUGUCUGUGUUUGUGUUAUGCCGCCUGCCUUGUCACCUGACUCGUUUUCGAGUAAAGAUAUGCUGAAGUGGUCUUUUUAUCGAUUGCAGUCAUUAAUUUACAUGCAAAAUCGUCUCUUAUUGGUUUUCUUAGCCUAGACGUAACCCUCAUAAAAAUCUCUCCAACUCCAUGGUUGCGGCUUUUUGCGGACGCUACGGAGGAGGAAAGGCUUAAUGUGCAGUAUGAUGAGACAACAACAGAUGGUUCCAGGCUGGGCCAAGCAGACACUGAUGCUGGUCAGAUGCAGGGAAAUUUCAAUGUCGAGCAGUUGGAGGAUGUCGAUAUGGCUGCCGCUGGUGACGAUGUCGAUCUCCUGCUCCAACGCAUCGAUGGCGAAACUUUGAAGACAACCAUGAAGGCGCGUUUUUGUUGGAAUUUUCAACCCUUGAAUCAUCUCUUGGGUUUCUUACCGGAGUAAUAUACAGUGAGUGACCGUUCUCAUGAAAUGUCAGCCGAAAUUCUGAAAUGCGUUUUCAAAUCAGAAGCGUUGCUUCCGUUGGGUUGUUGUGUUGAUUAUUAUUUCGCAGUCGUAUAAUAUUUCGGACUCGCCAGGAUGUUGGCUUUUGAAUGCACUUCUUCUCGACCUCCUGCAAGAACUACACUUGGUAGAAAGUGGCUACUUAAAUAGUAUGCAUGUUUCACAUUGAUUUUCGACGGCCUUCUAAAUUCAAGUAUAUUUUAUGGAAAAAAUGCACGAAAAUACGCCAUCUUUUACUCAUUUUGUAGAAAAUCACGUUUUCGUAUUUUACGCUCAAAGGUGCGCCUUUCGGCCUUUUAAAAAAGUUUUCCAGUGCCCGAAUAAAUGUGAGCCAGACCAGCCGUUGCAUUAGCGUUUAGAGAUUUCAGUCUGCAAGGUGCAUACUCUCCGCGUCAGGAAAGUCAUAUAUUCCUCUAUGCCUUUAAGAAGAUACUAUACGGAGAUCGUAAAUUUCGUAACGGAUGCGGAAAAUGUUGUACGCUUCAUGAGGAGCAUGAAUUAAUGGCCAGGUACGACGCUGUAUAAAUGCACAUUUAGCGGUCUAAAAGAUCUCAUAAUUAGAAACUUUUUUUGAAUCGGAAAGUAUUCUUUUCUCGAGUGGAAAAUACGAAGACGACGUGGUUUGCUACGAAAUGAAUGAGAGAAAGCAUAUUUUCGUGCCUGUUUUCCAUAAAAUAUAUUUGGAUUUGGAAGGCCAUCGAAAAUCAAUUGACAAAUGCAUAAUAUUUGAGUAGACACUUUUUCCUAGUGUAGUUUUUGCAGGAGGUUGGGAAGAAGUGCAUUCAAAAGCCAGCAUCCAACGAGUCCGAAAUAUCAUAGGGUUAUGCUGCAUGAUAAUCUUCAUUACAACCCCACCCACAUAAUCUUCCCUAAUCGAAAACGCAUUGCAGAAUUUCGGCUUACGCUUCAUGAGAUCGGUCACUGAAUGUAUAUAAAGGGGUAUUACUUUUGUUAACUAGUGAAUUAUGCCUGACUUUGGACCGCUGCGGAUACCUUUAGGGUUACCAGUUCAUGCGCUGGUAGUCGCCACAGACGCAUUGCAUGUCGAUGUCUUGCGAUUUCACUGUAACUUGCUGAAAUGUACUGUAGAGACACGACCACGACGGUAAAACCCCCUCUGAAUAACUUUUACGAGCCACCAAAGAAGUCUCUCAUUGAUCAUAGGUUACAAUCGCCGGACGUGCAUGCGUCGACCCCGCUUGGUCAACUGGCCUCAACUCAGCAGUUACUUGGGAAAAUGCUUUAUUUUCUGAAGAUAAACUCGAGCGUGACUUAUACACGCUAAUUAAACACACGUUUUGUAGGGAUCGACUUCUUGUCCUAGACUGUUCUUAUGCACGCUCCGCUGAGGUAACUUGUCUUAGGAGGAGGAAGGAGAACUGAUGAAGUCGGCAUGCACUGAAUCAAAGUGGGCCAUAAAACCAGUGUGUUAGCAAUACACCCCAAGAAUACCUACAUCCUCCCGUAGUGGGCCAAUUUUUGUCACGUCCAAUCGACAGUUGAGGUGGUAAAAGGCCUUAGUUGCCGCAGAAGGAUGUGUUCAGCAAUAUCUCUAGUUUUUACGGCCUCAAACGGAGCUGGGAGCUUCCUCCUGCAUGGCGAGCCCACAGACUCCAUCGUUAUUUUAUGUCGCUUCUCUCCGGAGGUGAACUUCAUGAAUCCCUACGUGCAACGGCCAUCUAGACACCUUUUACGUUGGGGAGUUUAGGAAAUCGCAAUAUUGACCACUAACCGUUUCAGACGAAUAUCUGCUGCCAUAGGAAAACUUAGUACUUAUUUUCGAAGCCUCACUCAAGAGACAUUGAGAUUUCGGGACUGUCCAUCCCCUUAAGCGUAUUAACUUUGCUUCCUGUUGUAGGUGGAACUGCUGGGCAAUCAGUGGCUCUACAACGCACCCCUUAAGGCGAACGCGCCUGCCUCGCACCUUCUGUGCAUCCGCCAUGACGUGGACGGCCUCCUCUGGUGUCCCGCUCCCCAGUGGCCGCAGCAUGUGGCCACCCUACAGGCCUUCGGCUACGUGCUCGCCAGCAAGCGGUCACACCGUUUCGUCGCCUCCCCACCGGCCCACAUCACUGGCACCAACGUUGCCCAUCUGCCCUUUGUUGCAGUGGCCGAUCUGUCGCGUCACAUCUACGUCUACUGGCAGCCGCCUGCUCGCCGUGACGCCAGUGAGAUGGACGCGGAAGGUGAUGAUGGUGCCACUGCCGCCCUCCUUCCUGGACCCGGCGAAGGUAACACCGAGCUGCGGAAGCGUCGGGUCGGUGGAGGAGACAGCGAGUCCCGCGUGGUGCACGUGGCCUGGCAACAGGUAGUCAGCCUGCCGGAUGCAGAGGAGAUCAUUGGCUUUGCCGCAUUGGCCUCCCCCCUUCCAGCUUGCGUUGUAGCCACAAAACAGCGUCUCUAUCUGACCUCCUUGGUGGAGGAGAAUUAA